AUGAAGCUUGUUGCUUGGCCUGCAUCCAGAAGCUCUACGCCACACCUGAGACGAAUCCUUGGUGGUCGUAGGCGCUACUACAGAGAUUCGAGCCUCCAAUGGGCGGAAACAAACCCUGAAACUGCUCAGCAAUCAUUGCAACCGCCAGGAUGGAAUGUUCCUGCCGAUGUGAAUGAUCAAUCUCCGAUCUAUUCUAUUGAAGAUUAUUUGAAAUUCCGAGAAUGGCGCCUACCUUCGAAAAAUGAUGGACGCGAGAAUGCUCUAUCUUUGAUCUCUCAUGUCCUUUCGACGCCACUGACGAUCGCAUCAUUCUACAAUCGGGCCCUCCACGAGCUGGAUGCACCCAUCCGACUAUGUUGUGUUGGAGCCCGAGCUGAAGCUACACUGCCAAAUGAAUAUUGGAAAGAAUUUCUCAUCUUUUCCUCGUCCUUGCCUAAUAACGAGACAAAAAAUGUUGACUUGAUGACGGAUUUUGUGGGUCCGGAUAUUUGCCCGCGUACACCAGACACCGAGAUAUCCUGGAAUUCUUCCACAACCAAACUGCACUGGCAUUACAAGGGUUUUUUGCAUGAUCUAGAUGAAUCAGAGACGUGGGAUACCUACGUUUUGAUGAAUCCUGGCAUAGGCCACGAUAAGCUUAAACAUGGCUGGAAACCAACUCUGGAUCGCAUUCUUCGCUCAGGUCGACCAGUGCUUCUGACAGCACAUUCUGAAAAGGACAGUGACCGAGAUACAGCUCUAUUGAAACAAUCUUAUCACUUAGAUGUACACUACGAAGAGAACCCUUUUGCAAGUCGCGUUCAAUAUGAAGACCCGUUUGACCAGAACCACUUUGUCCGUCCAAAUCAUUUCAUGACAAUGAUCAAGUAA